GCCAAGAGUAGACUCGCGACUCAGAACUGACCGAGACUUGCUUUGACUCAGACUCGUGACUGGUAGCCACGCAAAAGUCGCAACUCGCGGCUCGAUCAAAAGAGUCAAGAGUCAGAUUUGUGGGUUAGCAUCAUCAGUAGUAGUUCCAGCUUAGCGGCUCACAGCUCCUGCUUUCAUUCUCAUCUCGACGAGCGCUCCCCUCAUUGAUUCAAUCAGACGUGUGGUUGCCCAUUGGAUGCGGAGCCAAGACUCUAGCCAUAGCGCCUACAAAUUCUCGCCAUAUUCGACUUCUGACUGAACAACAUGAGCGACCAGGAGCAAGACUGGCCUAGCUUGCCAGGCGCAGGCGCUUCUCGCUCAAGCAUCGGAAACGAGGAUGCCUCAUCUGGCCCGAGCAGACCAACCCCAACAACGGAGGCCCAGCCGUCGACUUCACAAACAUAUUCGAUUGACCAAAAACCAACUCUGCGCGCCCCGCCUACAACGAUGGCUACCGCGGCAGUGAACCAUCGCAGCAUCGAGAUAUUGGUGCUGGACACUUCGGCGUUGCUCAGCACACCUGCAUCUCAACUUGCCAAUCUUGCCUCCCGCAUGGUCAUACCACGCGUUGUGCUAGCCGAAUUGGGCGAAGCUCGCUCUAGGGCCGAUUUGGAGAUCCUUACGCUGAGGGGCGUCGAAGUGGACAUUACAGAGCCAGAUGCCAAGGAUCUGGUAGCUGUGAGGAACUUUGCGAAACAGACCGGAGAUUUGUCUUCCCUCAGUCAGGCAGAUCUGAGCGUGCUCGCGGUGCUGUACGGAACGGAGACAGCUCGACACGGGCAAUGGAGACUUCGCGACAAGGUGGGAGGACUAACGGGCCAGCAGGCUCACGAUGCAAGCAGACUGGCCCAGGCGAGAGCGCAGCAGGCCAAGCCAGUGGAUGUGCCCGCCUCGUCGGCCAAGGACGCAGUUGCAGCAGAGCCCGUUGCACCUGCAGCAGCUUCCGCAUCAGCUGCACCGCUUGCUCCCAGGUCCAUCGUCGAGCCACAUAGCAAUGAAAGGGCAGAGGAGUCCAAGCGUUCAGACCUUAUUGCAGAGUCAUCUUCAUCCGAUCGCCAGGCUCAGGCUGCCUCUUUGGAUCUUCAAGGUUCUCGCGAGGACGCAGAAGGUGAAUGGAUCACCCCACGCCCUCUUAGGGAAGUGCAAGAGGAAGAAGCGUCGGAUGAAGAGGAAUCCGACCUUGGAGGCUCUGAUGGCGAGGGAGAGUGGAUCACACCCAUCAACGUAAAGGCGCAUAGAGCCAAAGCCUUGGGAUUUGCGGCUGAUGCGGAUCUGAUCACUCGAGAGGAGGCGGAGGCCAAUGACGCAGUGGAAGGUGACAAAGGGGCAGGGGAAGAGCAGGACGACGCAGGCUUCGAGGAGCCCAGAAAACGUCGCAACCGCAUGCAAAAACCUGAAGCUGGUGGGUCAAUGGCGACAGCAACGACGGCCAGCGGCAAAAAGUCGAAGAAGGCAGCGGGAAAAAUGACGGUUGCUGGCAUGACGGGCGAUUACGCGAUGCAAAAUGUGAUGCUGCAAAUGGGCUUGGCGCUUGCCAGUUACGAAGGACACAGGAUGAAGAGCGUGAAGAGCUGGGCUCUGAGAUGCCACGCAUGCACCAAAAUCUGCAAGAACACGGAAGAGAAGUUCUGCCCUUCUUGUGGGAAUGCGACGCUGCUGAGAGUUUCGGUGCGCACGAAUGCACCGGAGAAAGGAGGAGGAGAAGUGAUCGAGAUCAACACUUCUCGUCAGUUGCGUCUUCGAGGAUCGCGGUACUCGCUUCCUAUGCCUAAGCCUUCACGGGCGGGAGGACCACGAGGAGCCAAUGCGCCAAGCAGCGGAGGUGCGCCAAUCCUCCGAGCCGAUCAGCAAGAAUGGAUCAAGGCGCUUUCGAAGGAGAAGGGAAGGCAGGAAAAGGAAGUGAGGAAACUCAAUAGAGCCGCUGAAAAGGGCAAGGAUGGAUGGAGCCAGCGAUACCAGAAUCCUGAAGACGUGAGCGCUUUCUUGCAGGGGGGCAAAGCAGACUUUGAGCCUUCGAGAUUGGUAGGCGGUCUGCCACCCCUGGGUAUUGGGCGCAAGAAUCCCAACGAGCGUAGACGUAGGAAAGUUUGACUUGCGUCUCUGCAGCACUCUACAUGCUUUCAACCUCCAUAGGCAUUGAUGCCGUACGUAGGAAGUCCGCCUCGUGAGCAUGUCAGCUGUGUCUUGUCUGCAAAUUCGAGGCAUUGUCGUGC